AUGCUUAUUCUCAUAUAUCGGCCGUUUUUCGCCUGGUCAAGACAUGAACGUCUGAAAGAUCACCCUCUUGCUCAUCGAGCGCAGCAGGUCUGCACAGAAGAAGCUACCAAAGUAAACGAACAUUUUCGGCGCUACGGGCAGACAUUCAACUUCCAAAAUCAAACGUACCUCGCGUCUUAUUGUGUCUAUACGGCUGCCACGGUUGACAUUCAACAGAUUCGACAUGAAGAUACCUAUUUAGCUACAGCAGCGGCGACUCGCCUCUCGGUAACGCUCAAGAUGCUCGAAUCAGAGGCCAGACAGACCCCUGGUAUUAAGAGAAGCAUUGAUAUCAUCAAAUCGCACCUCACACGGCAACAGGAAAGCGAAACAAACCCAGAUCCCCAUUCCUUCUCACCUGGCGGAACCAGGGUCAAGCUGGAAACCAUCCCUCAACCCCUUUCGUUACAGAUACCAAACUAUUCAAAUGCGACAUAUACACUCGACUCAGGAUUGGAAACCGCUUCGCCACACAGCCAACUAGAAGGCCCACUCUGCCAAUUUCCUCGAAAUACCGUAAGGGCACCAGGUCGAUUGCAGCUGCAUCCUGAAAUGAGACACCCCGGACAAACUCAGCGGUUUUCGGAACAUGUCCCAGAGGAAAAUAUUGGCAGCUUGAUGACGCAAGCCAUGGACGUCGAUACGAUUUGGACUGAUUGGGGAUUUUUUAACGCGGGCGGCGGGUUUGUUCAAGAUAACCGUGGGUGGGCACCGUUCGACUCAACAAAUAACUUCAAUAUACAUUAG